UUGACUUUUUCUUUGAAAGAAAAGUUCAACUGCCAUAGUUUUACCUCGAGUAGGACUGUAGGAGUAGAAGGCCGGUGGUGAUGGAAUUCUUCUUCACGAGUCUGCAAGUCUCCUUUUUCACAUUGACUUUGGAUGCUUCUCAAAACCAAAGAUUCUUUGGAUAUUCGCCGCCUUAUCCGGCAAUCGCCGCCGUUCAUCGUCAUACUAUUAUGCUAUAAAUAGUUCAUCAAAUUCACUGUAUGUAAUGCACACAAUCACGCAUACAUAGAACACAGAUUUGAGGAUAUGGAUGCGCCAUUAUCGGGACUCCGCUGCGUGACCUCAGCUUUUCUGGUGUUGGUGACGAUGAUGGUUCUCUGUGCUCCGGUUCUAUGCGGCGGCGCCGGAAUCACCAGCAGCUUCGUCCGGAAGGUCGAGAAAUCGGUGGAUAUGCCUCUCCACAGCGACGUCUUCCGUGUCCCGUCCGGAUACAAUGCACCUCAACAGGUUCAUAUCACGCAAGGUGAUCAUGAGGGGAAAGCAAUGAUUGUGUCGUGGGUCACUGUGGAUGAACCCGGAUCGAAUACAGUGCUGUACUGGAGUGAGAACGGUCACAAGAAGAAAGAGGCCAAAGGCAAAAUGAAUACAUAUAAAUUCUCUAAUUAUACUUCUGGUUACAUUCACCACUGCACCAUUAGGAAUCUCGAGUACAAUACAAAAUACUACUAUGAGGUGGGGGUUGGACAAACAAGGCGAACCUUCUGGUUCUUGACUCCUCCCGAAGUUGGGCCUGAUGUUCCAUAUACUUUUGGACUUAUUGGGGAUCUUGGGCAGACUUUUGACUCAAACUCAACACUCACACAUUAUGAAUCAAACCCAACCAAGGGGCAAGCGGUUCUGUUUGCCGGUGAUCUAUCUUAUGCAGAUAGCUACCCAAACCACGACAAUGUACGAUGGGAUACGUGGGGAAGGUUUGUCGAGAGAAGCACUGCGUAUCAACCUUGGAUUUGGACUGCAGGAAAUCACGAGAUAGAUUUCGCCCCUGAAAUCGGAGAAACAAAACCCUUUAAACCAUAUACCCAUCGAUAUCGCGUUCCUUAUAGAUCAUCAGGCAGUACAUCUCCUUUAUGGUAUUCGAUCAAGAGAGCUUCUGCACAUAUCAUAGUUCUGUCUUCUUAUUCGGCAUAUGGCAAAUACACCCCUCAAUACCAAUGGCUUGAAGAGGAGCUGCCAAAAGUGAACAGGAGUGAGACACCAUGGUUGAUUGUUCUGGUGCAUUCUCCAUGGUACAACAGCUAUAACUAUCACUACAUGGAAGGAGAGACCAUGAGAGUGAUGUACGAGCCGUGGUUCGUUCAGUUCAAAGUUGACCUUGUUUUUGCAGGUCACGUCCAUGCUUAUGAACGCUCGGAGAGAAUAUCCAAUGUUGGGUACAACAUUCUGAAUGGGAAAUGCACGCCAAUACGUGACCAAUCUGCCCCUGUAUACAUCACGAUUGGCGAUGGAGGAAAUCUUGAAGGCUUAGCCACCAACAUGAGUGAACCACAGCCAGAGUACUCGGCUUUUCGGGAGGCAAGUUUUGGGCACGCCACUCUCGCGAUACACAACAGGACCCACGCGUACUACAGCUGGCACCGAAAUCAAGAUGGAUUUGCUGUAACUGCCGAUUCAAUGUGGGUUUCGAAUCGGGUUUGGCAUCCGAUUGAUGAUUCUACCACCAUCAAAAUGUGAUUGAUUGAUUCCACCCACACUUUUCUUUGUGUUUGAUUCAAUGACACUGAACCUUGGAUUCAAACUUCUUAGAUUAUCCUAAAGAAACUUGAAUCAGUGACUAGUUUUAUCAUAUGAUUAUGCCAAUAAUAUCGUAGUUAAUGAAAUGUUCUUUAAGUU